AUGGGUGGGAAAAUUGAUCAGUCAGUGUUAGAUGGAAGGGGUCCUUAUGUUUUUUGUAUUAGUGGAGCAAAUUUUCAUAAAAUUGGUUCUCUACUGCCGAAACCUGGAACAAGGCCUAAAUUUGCACAACUCUAUAUUUAUGACACUGAGCAUGAAAUUCGCAAUAGAAUGGACGCUAUGAAUAGGUGUGGUGGCACAUCGAGAAUUGAUACGUCCACAUUAGAAGGUUUACAGUCAAUGUUGAAUGUCAUCAAUCCAUAUGUAUCAAUUUUUCGCACUGCUAGAGACAUGAUUCGUGAGAAUGGUGCUCAAGAAUUGCAUAUUCGCAUUUUGAGUUCGAGGGAUGGAAGACAGUACACUAGACCCACUAUAACUGAAAUUGCUGCAUUAAUUGUUGGUGAUGGGUCUGAAAGCACUACAAAUCGUGACAUAAUUGUUAGAAAAUUAGAUGGACAUUUACAAAGGAUUAAUGAAACACAUCCUUUAUACAUGCCACUUCAAUAUCCAUUACUUUUUCCCUAUGGGACUGAUGGAUGGAGAAGGUCUAUAAGUUUUACUCUGGGUACAAACAACAAACGAGAAGGAGUGUCAAUGAGAGAGUUUUAUGCAUUUAGACUUCAAUUUCGAGUUGGAGAAGGGAAAACGCUAUUGCAAGGGGGACGUUUGUUCCAACAAUUUGUUGUUGAUUGUUAUGCAGCUAUUGAGCAAGAUAGACUAAACUUCAUUAGGCAUAAACAGAAUGUGUUGCGGACUGAUUUGUAUAGAGGUUUAGAAGAUGCUGUGACUGCGGGUGACAGUGAUGCAUCAGCCAUUGGUAAGAGAUUUAUACUGCCAUUAUCUUUUACAGGCGGCCCACGAAAUAUGGUUCAGCAUUACCAAGAUGCGAUCGCAAUAUGUCGAAAGAUGGGAUUUCCUGACCUUUUUGUCACAUUCACAUGUAACCCAAAUUGGUCAGAAAUUCAACAGGAGGUAGCGCGCAUUCCAAAUCGACACACAGAGGAUAUACCGGAUAUACUUGCGAGAGUUUUUCGAAUUAAAUUGAAACAACUGAUGGCAUAUUUCAAGAACCGAAAAUUCUUUGGCAAAAUAAUUGCAGAUAUUCACGUCAUCGAAUUUCAAAAGCGAGGAUUACCGCAUUCGCACAUUAUCUUGACAUUAUCAGCAGAUGACAAGAUAAAAUCGCCAGAGGAAAUUGAUGAUAUAAUUUGUGCUGAAAUUCCUGAUAAGGAUGAAGAUCCAUUAGCAUUUCAAACAGUGAUGAGGUGCAUGAUACAUGGUCCCUGUGGCAGUGCUAACCCUAAUGCCCCAUGUAUGGUGAAUGGAAAAUGUUCAAAACAUUAUCUGAAGAAUUUUUGCAGUGAAACAAGUAUUGAUGAAAAUGGAUUUGCUAUCUAUAGGCGAAGGAAUACAAAGAAAAAAUACAUGGUUAAUGGAUUUGAAAUUGACAACAGAUGGGUUAUUCCAUACAACCGUGAUCUUAUUGUACUGUAUGAUGCCCAUAUCAAUAUUGAGCGUUGUGCACACAGCAAAUUGAUCAAGUACUUAUAUAAUUACAUACAUAAAGGUCCUAAUCAUGCAACGGUUGUAAUUGAAGAUAAUGUUAAUCGACUUAACAUUGAUGGACAAAGUCGGUAUAGAGAGGCUGAUGAGGUAAAACAAUACUUAGAUUGUCGAUAUAUCUCCGCAAUUGAAAGUUACUGGCGUAUAUUUGAGUUUGAAUUGCAAAAGCAAUACCCUUCAGUUGAACGGUUGCAGUACCAUCUACCUGGGGAACAAUCUAUUCUAUUUAGAGACACAGAUAACAUUUCGUCAAUUAUUAAUCAGCCGGGGGUUCACGAGACAAUGUUUACAAGGUGGUUUCAAGCAAACAGAGAUCAUGUAGAGGCAAAUACAUUAACAUAUGAAGAGUUUCCUAACUCAUGGUUUGGAACCAGAAACAGAAGAAAUGGAAAAUGA